GUUUUUUCUUUUUUUUAAUUUCAGAAGUCAUUUACGCUGAUACUGCAGGCGUUGGAUAUGUACAACAAGUCUUAUCCAGAUUCAGAGAGGUUAAUUGAAGAGGCAUCAUAUUCAGGUGUAAUACUACCAUCGCCCGAAUGGAAGACUCUGGAUCACAUCGGUACCAAUGCCCGAAUUACAUAUCGGGUCAGAGUUCAAUGCGCCGUUACUUACUACAAUACAACAUGCACAACGUUCUGCCGAGCGCGCGAUGAUCAAUUCGGUCAUUACACUUGCGGUUCGGAGGGUCAGAAGCUCUGUCUGCAAGGUUGGCAGGGUGUUAACUGUGAAGAGGCAAUUUGCAAACCAGGCUGUGACCCGACACAUGGGAAAUGCGAUCGACCUGGUGAAUGCGAAUGUCGGCCAGGUUGGCGUGGCCCACUGUGCAACGAAUGCAACGUAUAUCCUGGCUGCAAGCAUGGAUCGUGCAAUGGCGUUGCCUGGAAAUGUGUCUGUGACACAAACUGGGGAGGCAUAUUAUGUGAUCAAGAUUUAAAUUACUGUGGCACUCAUGAACCCUGCAUGCAUGGCGGUACCUGUGAGAACACUGCACCUGAUCAAUAUCGUUGCACUUGCGCAGAGGGGCUCUCGGGCGAACGUUGCCAAAUUGUGGAGCAUCCAUGCGCAACGCAACCAUGCAAAAAUGGUGGCACUUGCACAUUAAAAGAAUCGGCGAUGCUGAACAUAACUGCACUGCCGACAUAUCGUUCCAUGCGUGGUAUGAGUUCCGCCAUGGGUAAACCAGUUAGCCGCCGCAGCUCACUAUUGGGUCUAGCAGGACUUGCUGCAACUAACACGGCCACGACAAAAACACUAACUCUGAGUAACGAGCUGCAGCCUCGGAACGGCACGAGCGCUACUCUGAAUGCUGCACUUGCUGCAGUGAAAUUGAUACCAAACGUUGCAGGCAGCAAUCCGUCCUCCGCAUCAGCCUUAAUGCAGUUGCAGCAGCAAAUGCAUCACCAUCACCACGCCGACUACACUUGCGCCUGCGCGCCCGGUUGGACUGGUCCGUCAUGUGAAAUAAAUAUCGACGAAUGUGCUGGCGGUCCCUGCGAACAUGGUGGCACUUGCAUUGAUCUAAUCGGUGGUUUCCGCUGCGAAUGUCCUCCAGAGUGGACCGGUGAUGUGUGUCAAAUGGAUGUAAAUGAAUGCGAGACUGCGUACGCUAUUCCCACCGUACAAACCACAACAACAUCGUCUUUGGCUUUCAUAGCUGCCUUAACUGCUGCAUCAUCAUUAUCCACAAAAACAUCUACUUCAGUUUCUUCGUCAUUGUCAUCAUCAGCAUCAGCAUCAGCAUCGGCAUCAAAGUCGACAAUUGCAACUGGAUUAGCAGCAGCAGUCGCAGCUACAGCAACUACACUGGGUCCCUGCAUUAAUGCACGCAAAUGCAUAAAUCUACCUGGUUCGUUCUCAUGCGUUUGCUUAGAGGGCUGGGGUGGUCCAACAUGCGCUAAGAAUUUGGAUGAUUGCGUGGGACAGUGUAAGAAUGGUGCUACUUGCAUCGAUUUAGUGAACGAUUAUCAUUGCGCAUGCACAAAUGGUUAUACCGGUCGCGAUUGUGAAACUGACAUCGAUGAGUGUGCGAAUUCACCUUGUCGUAACGGCGGAGAGUGCGUAGAUUUAAUUGGCAAAUUCAAGUGCAUUUGUCCGUUGGGAUAUCUGGGUUCCUUAUGUGAGGAAGCCAAAGAUCACUGCACUCCAUCUCCAUGCUUACAAGGCCGCUGCUUGAACACGCCGGGCAGUUAUUACUGUCAUUGUCCUUCAGAUCGCGCCGGUAAACACUGUGAACAGAUAAGACCACUUUGUUCACAGCCUCCUUGCAACGAAGGUUGCUUUGCUAAUUCCACCACAAAUACUUUGCCCUGUAGUGGGCAUGGAAACUGCGAAAUACGUGAGGUGGGCACAUUUUGUAAAUGCCAUGUGGGCCACACAGGCACUUUUUGUGAACACAAUUUAAACGAAUGUUCACCAAAUCCGUGUCGAAAUGGUGGAAUUUGUCUUGAUGGCGAUGGUGAUUUUACAUGUGAAUGCCCAACGGGUUGGACAGGUAAAAGGUGUUCGGAACGUGCCACGGAGUGUUACACUGGUCAAUGUCAGAAUGGUGGUACUUGCGUGCCCGGUUCAACUAAGAAAAGCCUACAACCGCAUUGUCUUUGCUCAGCAGGCUGGGAUGGUCCAUACUGCACUGAGCCCAUAGAUCAAUGCCGCGGUCAGCCUUGCCAUAACGGUGGUACAUGUGAGUCUGGCCCUGGUUGGUUUCGUUGUCAGUGCGCCCAAGGUUUUUCCGGUCCUGAUUGUCGAAUUAAUGUUAAUGAAUGUUCCCCUCAACCAUGUCAAGGUGGUGCAACGUGCAUUGAUGGAAUAGGUGGUUACCAAUGUAUUUGUCCACCAGGCAGACAUGGUUUACGCUGUGAAAUAAUGCUUUCGGACCCGAAAUCGGCUUGUUUAAAUGCACAUAAUACCUCGUCACCAUAUCAUGCCUUGAACCAAACGCAGGAUUGGUUGGAUAUUGCACUAUCAGGGCGAAGUGAUGAAUACUGCAAUGCUUGCAUAUGUGCUAAUGGUACAUCGCAUUGCACAAAUUUGUGGUGCGGAUUACCGAAUUGCUUUAAAGUGGACGCAACAACAAAAUCAUCGAACUUGUCUGGUGUAUGCAAACAGCAUGAAGUAUGUGUACCAACGAUAAGUGAGGCAUGUUUAUCGCCACCUUGUACAGUGCGCGGUGACUGCCGUGCUUUAGAGCCUUCACGACGCGUAGCUCCUCCACGAUUACCGGCACCACAAGACUGUUGGCCAAACCAAGCUACUCUAAAUGAAAAUUGUGCACGUUUGUCAAUUUUGUUGGAUUUGCAACGCGUUACAAAGGGUACGACGGUGGAAAGUUUGUGUACUAUUAUUCGCUUCUUGUUGGCUUCUGAUAUGGUAAAACUGCCAAAAAAUAAUGAAGAUGGCAUGCUAAUUAUUAUCUGUGAUUUGAAAUCUGCCACUAAUGACACCAUCGAAGUUACUGUGUCAUCUUCAAAACCUAACGAUGCACAAUUGCCAAAAGCAGUUGGACUACUUGGAGAGCUGCUGUCGUUGCGCCAACACAAAACAUUAAAACAUCGCAACGAUCUACGCAAUAGUGAACGCUCUCCCUUAGUGUCCAUAAUGGAAGUGAAAGUGGAAACUGCUCUUAUAACCGAUGGCAAUGGUCGCAGUUUGUUGGUUGGCAUAUUGUGCGGUGUUUUUAUCGUGCUCGUUGGUUUUGCAAUUUUUACUACUGUAAUUUGGCGACAACGUAUUACGUUACGUAGUUCCUCUGGAAUGAAUUUGACACCUUCACUUGACGCUUUACGCCACGAGGAAGAAAAAUCAAAUAAUCUACAAAACGAAGAGAACUUAAGACGCUACACCAACACAUUGAAAGGCAGUACAAGUUCUUUAGGUCGUGUUAAUGGCAUGGAAUUAAGUCUGAAUCCGGCACCCGAAUUGGCAACAGUCUCUUCAUUAGCAGCAGGUAGUUCAGCUGUACAUCGCUCACAACCUUUAUAUCCAACGAAUGAAUCAAAUUUCGAUUGCGAUAUCGAUAUGGUUGUGACAGGCAAAGAUUACCAUAAUGUGCCAACUCAUGGGCAAAAGCGUAAUUCACAAAUGCUCUUAACUAAAACACAAAAUGCUGAUAUGAAGAAGAAUACAGUGGGUUCACUGGAAAGUCCAAGAAAGGAUUUCGGUAAGAGAUCGAUUAACUGCAAAUCAAUGCCACUACCAGUAUAUGACGAAUCGGAAGUUCUAACAGUUUUAGUGUAGCAGGCGAUUUGUGAGUGAUAUCAUGAUGCUUUCAUAUGUACAGUGCUUCGAAAAUUUGAAAAUAUUAACAAAAAUGCACUAACUUCUUGCAAUGAUCUCAAAAACUCUUCCGAAUCCAUUCGGCUUAUACUUCAGUGGAAAAUCAAAGAGUAUGAACAAAAUAUGCUAUAAAAAUUUAAAGGAAAAGUAUACGAAGUAACUACAAUUUCUGCUGGCAGUAAUAGCAAAUUCAAAGUAUUAUUUCAGGCGUGUAACUCAUUAACUGUUCAUAUACGAGUACACCGAUUUAUUAAACGUAUGUACAUGUGUUCUAUAUAUAUGUAUGUGUAUAGAAUAUAUAAAUACAUAGGUAAGGUUCCUCGCAGUAUGCAUU